AACAGUGAUGACAUCGCCGGUCGGAGUCACCUCGUCGUGAACCGUGAAUACCCGUGCGUGUUGUGUGUCUAAUCUAUUAAUACCGGUAACGCUAUCGCUGCGUUGGUUCACGACGAAAUCAUUGUCAUUGCGAUUUGAUACGUUUACUUUAACACAAAAAUGCCCCCAACCGUAAUUCGGAUGCCAAAUAGUUCUUCUGGAGUGGGUCGUGGUGGUGGUGGACACUUCAAUGAACCGCGGAAUCGAGGCAUUCGGAUAGGAUGUUGUCGCGUGUGCACCUGUGUGAAUUUGGAGUUUUUCAUGUCCAAGAAUGGGAUACUGAAGAUUUUUGAAAUCAUAUUGGGGUCUUUCUGCCAGACAUUGUUGAUCCAGUUCGGAAUGGACAGUGCCAAAGAUAUCGGGGAAGCAUUUCACGGGUUUCUGACAACGGUUUCGGCGUGUCUGACAACGACUUCGAUCCUGCUGCUGUGCUAUGCUAUCUCGGCGCGAACCUUCCAUCUGGUGCGGCAGUCGAUUUUUGAAGUAAUGUACAACGCAAUAUCGUGCUUCAUGUACUUGAGUGCAUCCUCUUACAUGGGAUUCGCUGUGAACGUUUGGUUGUAUCCCAAGUUUUUGCUGUUUAAAAAUACCGGAGGAGUCCACAGUGCCUAUCCUGCCAUGACGGCUGUCUAUGUAAGUUUUCAUAUCGAAUUUAGAAGCAAUUUUUCAAUUGCUAAUUAUUAUAUAAAUCUUGUUUUUCAGUACAUGGGCACAAUCGUCGGUAUUGUGUAUGGAUUGGAUGCGUUUGUUGCGUUUCGAUACCUGAAAGGCUACUCAUAGAAUACAUAGUUAACAUCCUACGAGAGAUCUCUAACUGCUGUAUUUAUUCAUUAGUGAUAUCAGUGCAAUAUUGAGCAUUUCGUUAGACCCAAAUUGGUUGAACCGUGUACUGAGUAAACGCUUUAUGGGAAAAGCAUGCUUGCAGUACACUGCACUACUUAAGGCACCGCCUGGUAGCUUGAAAUCGAUUGCUCUUAUUUUUAAUUAAUCUGGCCAAAUAUAUAUAUAUAUAUUACUUAAUAAUCUCAAGAUAAGGUAUUCUUAAGAAAAAAAAAUCAUGGAAAAUAAUCCGUUAAUCCUUAAUCAUGUUUCAAUUCAUGAUAUCACGAUUCGAUCCCUUUAUUGAGUAGUAGUCGCUUGCUCUUGCAGGGGCAGCUCCGAUAUAACACGGAGUGGUUAUAAAAAUUAUUGUGAAUCGCCUCAGUGCGCAUCGUACCUUCGUGCUGUGCGUACUCGAAUUCUCUCUGCUCUUGGAAGUUUA